AUGGAAAACAUGCUUGAACGAGUAUUGCAAAAUCAAGAAAGAUCUGACACUUCAAUGAAGAAUAUGACCGAGCUUGUGGGUUCUCAUACCGCAUCCAUACAAAAUUUAGAAUUGCAAAUGAGAGAUCUAUCAAGAGAGCAAAAUCCAAAGCAGAAGGGCACGCUCCUAAGUGACACAAUGGUGAACCCAAAAGAAGUCAAAGCAAAAGUUGAGGUGCCAAUUGUUGUUGAAGUUGAAAGACUCCCGAAGAAGGUGAGAACUCAAGAAGUGAACCAUGAGGAGGUUAAGGAAAAUGUAAUAGAGGCACCAAAAAAUCUAGCACCAAUUCCUAGGCCUCCUCCUCCUUUCGCUCAAAGACUUGCUAGGAGGGUUGAUGAUGGCAAACUCGAAAAGUUCUAUGACAUUCUCAAGCAAUUUUCGGUAAACAUUCCAUUUGUGGAAGCAUUUCAAGAGAUAUCACGUUUUGCUAAGUACUUAAAAGACUUAAUCACUAAAAAGAGAAUCACCAAGAAUGAAGUGGUAAAUGUAACUCACCGGGUUAGUUCCAUCAUUGCAACAACCACGGUCCAAAAGAAAGAGGACCCGGGAGCUUUCACCAUUCCAUGCACUAUUGGGUUGCACAAUUUUGCACGAGCCCUUUGUGAUAAUGGGUCUAGCACCAACUUAAUGCCUCUUGCUAUUUACAAGAAAGCGGGGUUAGGUAUGCCUAGGCCUACAAGUAUGAGGUUGCAAAUGGCCGACCGCUCAAUAAAGAGACUGGUGGGAAUUGUUGAUGAUGUCCUUGUGAAAGUGGGGAAGUUCCUCCUCCCUACCAUCUUUGUUAUCCUCGAUUGUGUUGUUGAUAACGAAAUCUCUAUUAUCUUGGGGAGACCAUUCCUUGCUACCAAAAGAGCAAUCAUGGACUCGGAACGAAAUGAGAUCAAGUUCUGA